UUGAAAUUGGGUGUUGUUCAUUCGACUAUUUACUUCUUUUAUGUGCUUUUUGUAGUGGUGCUUUCAAUUUGAAUUAAUUUUCUAAUCAUAGCAAUUAACGCGACUAUAAAAAAGCGAAAUGUGGAAAAGUGUUCAUUAAUGGAAUUGUUCAUUAUUGUUUCGCUGCACGAUUUUUAUUCUUUGUUGUUUGUAACGAAUUUGGAGCAUUUUUCUUGAGAUACGUCUCUUGUACAUUACGAACGAAUAAAAUUACAACUUAUACAUCAGCCCUACAAUAAUACUCUGAAGUCAUGGAAAAGGAGAAAGACUCUCUUUCCAGUGGACCUGAUUUAUUCGACGAAAUAAAAAUACGUAACAAUGUUAACGACACUUUGGAACCGCCUAAUACAGAUGGAGAACCAGAGCGAGGAAACUGGGGGAGUCCAAUACAAUUCGUGUUGGCUUGCGUUGGCUACGCAGUCGGACUUGGUAAUGUUUGGAGAUUCCCGCAUUUGGUUUAUCGGAAUGGUGGAGGAGCAUUUCUUGUGCCAUAUAUUCUGAUGGUAUUUGUAAUUGGAUUACCCAUAUUCUUUGCUGAAUUAUUUGUGGGCCAAUACGGGGGCUUAGGCCCUAUCAAAGCUUACACCCGUUUAGCACCCUUUUUUCACGGCUUGGGUUACUGCACAUUAGUUGUCAUUACUUUCGUCACAAUAUAUUACAUGGUUAUUAUUGCCUGGAUAAUAUUUUACUUUUUUGCUUCAUGUCUACCGACACUGGGCUGGGGAUCUUGUUCGAAUGACUUCAACACUGACAGUUGUUAUAGUGGCGUACAAGAUCAGGAUUGUAUACAAAAUAAUAAUGGGAGCUCCAGUGAUAUGAUUUACUGGUUAAGGCGUUGUACGACAAUUGCAGACAUUUGUCAAUCAAAACAAUUAGCAAGUCAUAAUGGUACGUAUUGCUUUAACUCGACAUCGACCGAAUAUUUGCCUGUGACAUCAGUUAUUCAUAGGGUUUUAGCAUCAGAGGAAUACUAUUACCAAAACGUGUUGGGUAUUGGCGAUGCUACAUGGUACAAUUUUGGAUAUCCCAGAUGGCAGCUAGUUUUAUGCCUAGCUUUAGGAUGGAUCAUUGCAUUUUUGUGUUUAAUCAAGGGAAUUAAAAGUGCUGGAAAAGUUGUGUAUUUCACAGCACUAUUCCCGUACGUGAUAUUAACCGCUCUGUUGGUUCGUGGCGUUACGUUGCCUGGUGCCGUUGAUGGUGUGCUAUUUUAUAUCAGACCGCGAUGGGAGAGUCUUAAAGAACCGUCGGUGUGGGGAGAUGCAGCAUCCCAGAUAUUUUAUUCGUUCGGGCUGGCUUGUGGUUCACUCGUCAGUUUUUCGUCGUACAAUAAAUUCCGAAAUAAUUGCCACACUGACGCUUUAGUGGUUUCAGCAACGAAUGUUUUCACAGCCGUAUUUGCUGGCUUCGCUGUUUUUUCUGUACUCGGAUUUAUGGCUAAAAAUCUGGGUUCUACUGUGGACGAAGUUGUUCAGGGUGGACCGGGACUUGCAUUUAUUGCUUAUCCAGAAGCUAUUUUGUUGAUGCCUCUACCUCAUUUGUGGUCAAUAUUGUUUUUCUUGAUGAUGUUUAUACUCGGAAUGGGAUCUCAAUUCGGUGGAAUUGAAGCGAUGUGCACAGCUGUGAUAGAUCAGUGGCCACAUCUAAGGGAUCAUCACUGGAAGGUAACAGCCGGAGUAUGUCUAUUUUGUUUUCUGGCUGCUCUUCCAAUGGUUUGCAACGGAGGUAUCUACAUGUUUACAUUGUUGGAUUGGCAUACAGCGUCAUGGGCGAUAUUAUUACUGGGUACGGCUGAGGUCGUUGUCAUAUCGUGGGUGUAUGGCAUUCAACGGACAUUUGAUAAUCUAGCUGAUAUGAAUAUACGGUUCCAUAAAAUCAUUCGUGCUUAUUGGUGGGCUGUAUGGGUUGUUCUAACGCCAGUUGCUUCAGUGGCGGUGUUCGUAUUUGUUAUGACAGAUAUUGGGCCGACCGAGUUUGGCGAAUAUGAAUUUCCUAGAUGGGCCGACUCCUUGGGAUGGUUAAUGGGGGCUAGUACUUUGGCCCCAUUCGUCUUUUUCCUUAUUUACAACUUGAUCAAAGGAACGAGAGGAUGGGCACUGUUCAAAUCAUCGCCGAAGUGGGUGCCUCAAGAAGGUGCAAGUCAGCAAACGAAUGAUGUAUUUACACCAACCGCACCACCAGAAAAUGGUAUCGACAAUAUUGCUUAUGAAAAUAAUUAGAAAUUGUUUUGCAAUUUCGGUUCAUAUGUUUAGUUUUUUAGCAGUCUUAGGUCUUAGUUCUUAAGAACAGCCAUAGGUUUCGACGGGGGUGUCGAUGGUUUUCUUACAGACGGUUUAAACUCCUUCUUAUACUUUUUAAACCUGUUGCUUAAACCUGUUACAGACGGUCUAUUACUUC